UUGACUCCGUUAUCGUAACAACGUGUGAUAAUAUGUUAAGAAAUCCGAAGUAUGUUUACGGUCCGAAUGAGAAUUAUAUACCUGCGAAUUUAAAUCUGGGAGAUUAUCUGGUGAAGAGAUAUAAGGAACAUGGAGAUAAGGUAGCAUUGAUAAAUGCGGCCACCGAGGAACGGAUCACAUACAAGGAGAUGGUCCAGGCGGCAGUCAACCUCGCGGUCUCUCUAGUCCGUCUCGGCGUGAAGAAGGGAGACGUUAUUGGGGUGUGCACGGAGAAUCGACUGGAGAACUGGUCCAUUGUAAUGGCGGUUGCUAGUACCGGUGCUAUUGUAACUCCUAUUAGCAUCGGAUAUGUCAAAGAUGAACUCAAGCACAUAUUAAAUAUUUCGAAGCCAAACUAUCUAUUCUGCUCAAAACAAGCUUACCAAAUACAUGAAGGUGUUAUCAAAUCUCUGAGCUUUAUAAAGAAGGUUAUAUUCAUAGAUGACGAUAGACGAAAAGGUGAACUAUGUUACAAAGACCUGGCGAUAGUAUCAACUGGUUCGUUAAUCAAAAAGAAUGUCAAUGUAGAAGAGUUUCUCGCCGUGGAAGUGAAUGGACAAACAGACACCGCGUUUAUAAUGUACUCGUCAGGCACGACUGGACUACCAAAGGGUGUUAUGAUAAGUCAUGUUAAUGUAAUCGCUACUUGUGCAGUAAAAGACGUAUGCGAUCCAAAGUUAGUUGUUCUGAAUAUAACUCCGUGGUACCAUGCUAUGGGCCUGAUGCUGAUGCUUGUCUAUAUGGGACACGGAACUAAGACAGUUUUCCUACCGAAAUUCGACAUUAAUAUUUAUUUGCAGUCAAUAGAAAAAUACAAGGCCAAUCAAUUAAUAUUAGUACCACCUGUGAUACUGGCAUUGACGAAAACAGAUAUCAAAUACGACGUGAGCUCAGUGCAAGUGAUACUCAGUGGCGCUGCCGUCCUACAAAAGGAUACCAUUGACGCUGUUAAAAAAAAAUUUCCAAAUUUAAUAGACGUAUAUCAAGGAUACGGAAUGACAGAGGCGACGGUGAUGAUAACAUUAAACUCACAUGUGAAUGGAAAACAAUGUAAGCCGGGGAGCGUUGGAAAAGUUGUCAAUAACACAAUAGUUAAAAUAGUUGAUAUAGAUACGCGUGAACCUUUAGGACCAAAUGAGAAAGGAGAACUAUGCUUCAAAAGUCCUAUGGUAAUGAAGGGAUAUGUAGGUAAAGAUAGAAGUGCUGAUUUUGAUGACGAAGGCUUCUAUAAGACUGGAGAUAUUGCGUAUUAUGAUGAUGAGAAAUACAUAUAUAUUGUAGAUAGACUCAAAGAAUUAGUCAAGUACAAGGGUUUUCAGGUUCCACCUGCAGAAAUAGAAACGGUAUUAAUGCAGCACCCGGGCGUACGUGACGUGGGCGUGGUGGGAUUACCGGACGAAAACGCGGGGGAGCUGCCACUCGCUUUCGUGGUGCCUCAAACAGGAGCUAACAUUACGGAGAAAGAGAUUCAGGAUUUCGUUGCUGAAAGGUUAUCAAACCCAAAACAUCUACGUGGAGGUGUACGAUUUGUUAAGGAAAUACCUAAAAACCCAAGUGGAAAAAUUCUAAGGAAGGUUCUACGCCAGAUGCUUAAAGAAUAACAAGCAUUAUAAAAAUUUAUGAUAAAAAAACCUCAUUGUCUUCUAUGCAU